GUUUGGCGAAUUCACAGCAUGGCGCGUUUAGAUUGUUGGUGCUAUUUCUGGCUUGUCGUUUAUUUGACGGGGGUGCAGUCUGUUUAUGCGGCGUCAGGAGACGUGACCAAAAAAUGCGAUGGUGACAAGACGAUGAUGCUGUCAUUUGCCGGCUCUCAGAACGUUUUUCUUCAAAAGACGAAUGGUGGACUGGUAAAGGUGACCAACAAUCUUCCAGGAUUUAUCAUCCGUGAAAAGUCGGGCCGCACCACACUAACUGUGCCCUUUUCUUCAACGUACGGUUAUGCGUCUGAGAAGAGCUCCCAAUACGUCGUGACCAUUGCCGUUGGAUCUCGCUCAAAUCUGAAAACCUUCACAUGCCCUAAGCCAGGUCGUCGAGUUCUUAAGCUUCCGGCUGAUAGAUGUGCAGUUGUGGACCGAGAGAACUCCCUUGUGGAGGGUCUUCAUCCAUCACUCAAGCAGACUGUGAAGCCAGCAACUGUUGCUAUGAUUCAAGCAGCAGCAGCACCAGUCCAUGCUACUAUGCCAAUGAUGUUUGUGGUGGUGGUGUCUGAGAAUGUGACCCUUCCUCCCCUGGAUCUUGGGUCCAUCCAGCUGGUGGACAGCAGUUCUCCCAGCUGCAGCCCUGUGACCAUCCUGUCCAGCUUUGUCAUGUACCAGUUUCCAGUCAGUGCCUGUGGGAGCACAGUUCAGCUGGCUAGUGGCAAUGUGACUUACCAGAACACUAUGUCUGCUGCCAUCGCUGUGAGGACUGGACCAGACGGCUCCAUCACCAGGGACAGUGUCUACAAGUUAUUCUUCCAGUGCACCUACUCGGGAAGCCAGGAAGUGCAAGUGGAGGCUGAGGUGUAUACUGUGGCACCACCUCUUCCAGUAGUAGAGCAAGGACCAUUUGACCUGGAAUUGGUCAUUGCUACAGAUUCCUCCUAUGGCUCCUACGAUGUGGACUACCCAGUGACCAAAACUCUGAGGGACCCUGUGGCUGUGGAAGUGCACAUCGUGAACAGGACUGACCCUAACCUUGUGCUGACUCUUGGGGACUGCUGGGUCACCCCAGGACCUUCUGCUUCCAGCCAGCCCCAGUGGAGCCUUCUGGUGAAUGGGUGCCCAUACACAGGUGACAACUAUUUGACCAGCUUGGUGACAGUGGACAGCACAUCUGGAGUGGCCUACCCAAGUCAUUACAAGAGAUUUGUGUUUGAGAUGUUUGCUUUUGUGGACCCUGUAGCUCGGCAAGCCUUGGCUGAAAAGAUCUUCAUUUACUGUGUUGCUGCUGCCUGCUAUCCCUCUGCCACAGACCCCUGU